AAUCUCUCUCUCUCUCUCUCUUUGUUUUUCUUAUAUAUAUAUAUAUAUAUAAAGCAUAAUUAAUGCCUUGAGUUUGCUGUAUUUCCAUUUCUUCUUCUUCUUCUUCUUCUUCUUCUUCUGGUUUCUUCCUUGUGAAGUAGUGUUUCAACAAUGGAGGAUCAAUUCCCAUUCAUUGAACAACAAAAACCCAUCAUUCAAAAGGAUUUUUCAUCUUCUUCUUUACAACAAUUCGUCUCUGGAUCUUACUUUUAUGGCGAUCCAACUCUAUGGGGUUCUAUACUUCGACCUCCAAGGUCUGAAAAUGGUGGUUUUAAUGGAAACAUUGAUCAAUCAAAAUCCCCAUCUUCUUCUUCCUCUUCUUCUUCUUCUAAUUCUCCUAAUUCUCCUACUUCUCCUUCUCCUACUUCUUCCUCUUUGUUUUCGACCGAAAAAUCUGAGAUUUCUGGUGGGAAUUUGAUCGAUAGCAUUCAUGGAAUUGAAAGUAAUCUUCACCCAAAUGGAGAAAGUUUUGUUCCUUUGAAUUUCUUGGAAACUUUUCCCAAACAAGAAUCCGAGUCCCUUUCUCCUUCCCCUCCUCUGUUUCAAUCUCAAAUUGAUUCAACGAAUCUUACUCUGUUUCUUCAAGAACCCACCAUUGUUGAUCCAUCCCCACAAAACCCAUUUCAAAUUCAAGCUCAAACAGGGCUCCAAUGGCUUAAAAACAGCCAAAAUCAGAACCGAAGCGCCGCCAUUAUUGCGGCUGCAUCGGGUAAUUAUAGCGAUUUCUGGCUGGGGGUAACGAAGACGCAACCAAUGAAACAGAUUGGAAGAAAACAGGGGAAUCAGAAAACGGAGUCGUCGGCAGUCGGGAAGUUGUUUAGAGGUGUCCGGCAACGGCACUGGGGGAAGUGGGUAGCGGAGAUUAGGCUGCCGAGGAAUCGAACGAGGGUGUGGCUUGGGACAUUCGACACAGCGGUCGAAGCCGCCGUCGCGUACGACACCGCCGCCUAUAUGCUGAGGGGGGAAUUUGCACAUUUGAAUUUUCCGGAUCAGAAACACCGCCUGAAAUCAAACUCUCUGAACCGGACGACGGCGGCGCUGCUGGAGGCCAAGUUGCAAGCGAUCACACAGGGGAAUUCGGGUAGGAAAAAAAGAGUUGCGGCGACCGUAUCCACCAUUGAUUCAUGUGAGAAGGGAUUGAUGGAGGGAGAUUCAAAAGUGUUGGAUUUGAGGAAGAAGGCGUCGGAAAACGUGUGUGGGGGAUCGGAAAUAGGGGAAGUGAAGAGAAAUGAGGAUGGGAAUUUGGAAAUAGAACAGCAUGUUCAACUCAGCAGAAUGCCAUCUUUGGAUAUGGAUAUGAUUUGGGAUGCUUUAUCUUGAAUUCAUUCAAAAUGGAGGAAAAAAUUGAGUUCUUUUUUCUGGGGGGGAGUAUUAGAAGCAACUAGAGAGUUUAUGGUGAGUUUGAACGAAAUUAAAAAGGUGAAGAAAUGGUUCCUUUUUUUUUUUUUGAAUUAAUGAAAUUUAAUUUACAACUUUGCUUUCAAUAAAAUAUUUAUAAAUGACAAAUACUAAUAAAAUAGAGAGUUUUAGAAUCUAUCCAUGAUAUAUAUUAGUAAAUAAUAAUGAAAGUCUAUCACAUAUUAGUUUUAGAAACUAAAUAGUUUUUACAUCAUGUAAUUUACUUAUCAUUUUACAAAUAUUUUGUUUCUUGCAAAUUAUAGACAAUCAUAUUAUUUUUUUUAAAAAAAACUUAAUUUCAAUAUAUGAUUAAUUGAAUUUGAAAUAGCAAUGUAUAUUAUAUUGUGUUAGAAGACUAGGUAGUUAGUAAGUGUACAUAAGAAACACAAAACAAAUCUAAUGAAACCACACCUUUCUUCAAGACUACAAACAAAAGAAAAGAGAAAAAGAAAAAUAAAAAUAUGAAGCAACCUUUAAAUUGUUUAAAUAAGUGUUUGAAAGGUUUAGAAAUUCAUUUUAAACAAACUCUAUAUUUAUUCAGAAACAACAACAUCAAGAAAUGGCCAAUUAAUAAUUUGAAUUAGGGUAGAACCAAUCAAUUAUACAAACUAAAAUCAUUAUUUAAAAAAAAAAAAGAAAAAAAAAAAACAA